GCGCACACUCAGUCAAACUCACGAUGAUUUUCGACACAAUGGCCGAAAAACAAACACCAGCGAUGAAAAAACGGCUCUUUCCUCCGCUGACAGCAGCAGACACCGCGAGGACAGAGUCUCAGAGCGAAGACCAAAAACGAGCUCAAAGGAAUAAAUUCAACCAGCCGAGAUAAAAACACGGUGACACCUAACAGCUAACGGGAGCUGACAGGACUGCAGACAGGAUGAACGUGUCGGUGCGCGAGGUCAGCGUCUCGUCCGAGCCUGACUCCUCCUACUUCCUGAGGGUGGACUGGAGUGGGCGGAGCUUAGGUUCAGGCUUCCAGUUGCUGCUGACUGACGGACAGGACGCCUGGAGAGGAGACGUGAGCGAGUCGGCGGUGCGCGAUGAGGCGCAGGAGCUGGAGAUGCAGACGGAGCGGUACGUCCGGGACCUCCAGCAGGCGCUGACGGACGGCGAGAGCUCCGACACCUACGGCUUCACCCUGACGCCGUCUCCGCUUGGCCGCCGCUCCGCCGUCACGCUGGCGUACGAGAAGGUUCAGCGGGACAUCUCUUUCCAGUUGGGUUCGGUUUCGCUGACGGCCGUCCCGGAGCCGGCGGAGGCGGUGAGAGAGUUACUGAUCCACAGUCUGCAGAGGGGGACCACGCUGGAGAACCACAACCAGAGACUGCAGGAGGAGAACCAGAGACUGAGACGAGAACAGCAGCGCAUCACUGCAGAGCUAAAGCGUUACGUUGGUGGUAAAGAAGCCCUGGAGGCCGAGCUGUACUCGCGCUUUGUUCUGGUCCUGAAUGAGAAGAAAGCAAAGAUCCGCAGUCUGCAGGAGGCCGUCACACACCUGCAGGAAACCAGCUCUGAGGGACAGAAGAAGACAGGAGGUCAGAGGGACGAGGACGAGGACGAGGACGAGUAUGGAGGAAGUACUGAUGAAGAGACGGAGGAGGUGCAGCCGCCUGCAGCCUCCACAUCAUCGAGCCGAGAGCGCUCUUCUGCGAGCCCGUUGGACGACAGCCUGAAGGACAUCACAGACGUGGCCCCCAGUCGCAAACGGCGCUUCCGUCACCUCGGGCCCCCAGACACUGCGAUCAAAAAGCCGAGCGCACCGAGCUCCCAGAUGACGAGGUCCGACCCCCCUGCAGGAUCCAGUAAGCAGCAGCAGAUCCCCCCGCAGCGCUCCACAGAUGCUGCGGCAGCAGAGGACCUGUUUGAUGACUUCUGACCCUUCGGUUCCACACUGGUUCCACUGGUUUGUACAGAGAGAGAACACUGGUUCAUACUGGCUGAUAUCGGUGUCAUAUUUUUAUACUGGAUUUAUGUAUUUAGGGCCAUGGAUUGCAGUAAAAUUAUUCAGAGGGGACUGAUCCGGUAACAACAUACAGAUGGGUGACACACGAAGGGAAAAACAAUAAAGUGCCUCAGUGAGGUGUUGUUCCACUACGAGCCUCGAGAACAGCUUCAGACUCCUUUGGUGUUCUGAUGCUGCUGAUCGCAUACGUGUUCAACUGCUCCCUAAAAUCUGCAGAACCUUAAGGCCCACGAGAACCACUUUUAGGACACAAAAUCUCAAUUAUCACAAGAACUGCCUAAGGAUCCUAUAGUAACACUAGCACCACCUUAACUAACACUAAUCACUAAAUCAUAACUAGAACCCCUAAAAGAUCUUUUAAUGAUUGCUAGAACCAUCUAAAGAAACCCUAGAACAUCAUUUAGGAUUGCUAGAUCCACCUAACAGAAGCGUAGAACAUCAUAAAUCAUCACUAGAACCAUCUCAAGAUCCUUAAGGAACCAACAAAAAGAUCCUAGAGCAUUAUUAAUGAUUGCUAGAAAAACAAGAACAAGAAAGGAAUCCUCGAAUCAUAUAACAUUUUAGAUCAUAGCUACAACCAGCUGAAGAUCUUAAUGGAUUGUUAGAACCGCCUAAAGGAACCCUAGAACAUUUUAAAUGAUCAUUGGAACCACGUAAAAAUCCUAACGCAUCUCUAGAAACACCUAAAAUGGCAUAUCUUCCAAGAACAUCCUAGAUCAUCACUAGAACCACCUAAAUACCCUCGUAAAGGAUGGCUGCAACCACCUGAGGGUCAUUAGUGAUGACUAGAACCACCUAAAGGAACCCUAGAACAUUUUAAACGGUGAUUGGAACCACGUAAAGAUCCUAGCACAUCUCUAGAAACACCUAAAACAGCAUAUUUUUUAGAUGGAUUGUAUUUCUUUAAGAUCUUUAAUGAUAGAACCACCUAAAGGAAUCAUAGAGCAUUGAGAACUGUGAGAAUCGUAGAAUAUCCUAAACCAUCACUAGAACCACCUAAAGGAACCCUCUAUGAACCAAACUGAUUCUAUAACCAUCAAAAUUAGCUGUAAAACCUCAUAAAGGAAGGCUGCAGACACCUUAAGACCACAGAGGACCACUAAAACCACCUAAAGGAACCCUAGAACCUCCCGGAAGAAUCUGGUUCUCCGCUCAUUUAUUCCUGUACCGUGUCUCCUGUAUGAAGCUCUGCAGGAUCUUGGUGUAUUUUAAAAAACUGGGAAGAACUUUUAACUUUUGUGCUGGAAAUGAAAUGUGAUUUCUACAUUUUUACAAACUUGUCAUCGUGCUGUUUGUACCAAUAAAGAGUUUGAACGUG